GAGGAAAAAUAAUCGAGAAACCGGUAUCUUUUUCAAUUUUGUUUUCUUGAAAAUAAAAAAUUGGGUGUAAAUUAAAAAAAACCAAUAUAUUAAAAACUAAAAGGAUACACAUGCAUAAACUUAAUAUAUUUGCAACAGUUUGAGCAAGGAAAAAUAAAGACAUUUAUAAAACAGAGAGAGAAAUUAGAUUGCAAAAAUAUCGAAACAGCAAAUAUGACAGUCACAGAUACUCUACAUUACAUCGUCAUCGGUAAUCCCGUGAGCAAGGCAGUGGUGUCCAGCACAACGUCAUUAUUUUCUCGUAAAUCGACUAUCAGCACCAGUGCACCAGCAGUCAAAGCAUCAACGGAAGCAGUCGCAGCAAAAGUUGUAGGCAGUGCAAUGCCAUCUUUGUGGAAACUAGCUGGACGCAAUCACAAUUUUGUACGAUUAGCGGGCUUAAGUGGCGCAUCAGCUGUUAUAUUAGGAGCCAUUGGUAGUCAUGCAUUGCAUCCAGCACACGAGAAAGAUGAAACCAAAACAAUUUUCGAAACGGCUAAUCGCUUCCACUUCUUUCAUUCACUUGCCCUUCUAGGUGUACCAUUGGCUAGAUACCCAGCUGUGACUGGUAGUCUAUUGUUGGCCGGUACAAUACUAUUUAGCGGCACACUUUAUUAUCGUGCAUUCACUGGAGAUAAACAAUUUGCACAAUUCGCUCCCUAUGGUGGAUUUUGUUUGAUAGUCGGUUGGCUGACAUUGCUGCUAUAAACGCUUAAAAAUGGAGGAGUUACAAAUGAAAUUGAAGUCAAUAUAAGAAAAUGAUUUUGUGUUGCAUAAGUAGCAGCUAAACUGAAAUUCCACUGUUUGAUUAAUGUACAUUAGUACGUGCAUGUAUAUAUUUUUUAAUAAUCGCAUAUGUAUGUAGGUAUUAGUUGUGGACUUUAAUACUAAAGCAUAUGAUCUAUGUAUAUUAAAUUUUUGAUUGGCGUGCAAGCAUUAUUGACUAUGGUCAAUCUAUUGGAAUAAUAAAUAUCUAAUUUGUUUUGGUUUAAUACGAAAAUAAAAAAAGAGAAAGUGUGUA